AUGCUUCAACGUAUCCUCUUCUUAAAACUGAUUAAACUGAGAAUUACCAUUCGUGAAUUGGAAGGUAAAUGGAUCAGAAAUUCUAUUAAGUUUGAUUCUGGUGCUACUAGUAGUGUCGUUGGUAACAAGGACUUACUUAGUAACUUCUGUGAAUCAACUGGAAAGAAGUUCUUCUUGCCUGACGGUUCGUUUGUUAGUUCCGGUGGAGUUGGUGAGUUAGAAUUGAAAACAAAAGGUUUUAGGACGGUGUUGCGCGAUGUUCACUUUAUUCCGGAUCUUAAGGUUAAUUUGGUCUCGGUUGGUAAACUAACUGAUAAUGGUUAUUAUGUAGGUUUUAGUAGUAACUUUCUAUACGUACAUAUUAAUAAACAAGACCGUUUAAACAGAUCUUAUCGAAUAAAGCUUGGAUAUCGUUCACCAAUCAGUCAGCUCUACAUUGGUUAUCCCAAUGGUAUUAAAGAGUUGCAAGACGAAGAACCUGAAGUAGACGAUUCAUAUAUCUACUCCAUAUCAGACCUCGGUAUUGAACAAGUCGUUGCUGAUGUUUUCGGUAAGAAAGACUUGUACUAUUAUCAUUUGGUAGGUAACCAUAUGUCGCUAACCAAAUUAGAAAAUUUAGUUCGUCAUAAGAAGAUUAAUGUGCUGAUAAAGGACAAGGAAGCUAGACGGAAGGUAUCAUCGUGUAUUAUUUGCAAACAUUCAAAUAGUAGACAGAUAUCACACAAUUCAAAGACUCAGAUACCUCCUACCCGAAGGUUAGAAAGAAUUCAUUCUGACACCAUGGGUCCUAUGAUUGUGGAUUCCGAAAAGCAGUACUUAACUACAUUGAUUGACCAUUUUACUGGUUAUACAAUUGUGGUUAUACAUCCAAUCAAAGCCGUUGCUGAUACUAUUAUGAUCGAAUUAAAGAAACUCAAUUCUAUGUUUCCCGGAGAAAUGAUUCACGCUUUUAGAUCCGAUAACGCAAAAGAAUUGCCUAGCAAAUCUCUUUUGGCAACGUUGGGUAUUGUUAAAGAAGUUAUCCCUCCUUAUUCACCUGAAAUGAAUGGGUUGGCAGAAUCGCACAACCGUGUUAUCCUCAGGAAUUUACACAAGUGCAUUAUUAACUUCCCCAACAGGUUCAAAGAAGUGCUAUCACUCUUUCGUGAAUUGGUUGGUUACACUGUCUAUAUUAAAAAUCACACACCUUGUGAUCGUGAUCCAUCAAGGCCUGGUUGGACACCUUAUGAGUUGUUUAUGAACGCUAGAUUUACUCCAAAUUAUUGGCAAUUUGGUUUAGAUGUUAUUGUGACUCUCCUGAAUUCCCAAGAAGCAAAAGGAUUGAAGGUGGAAUAUAACAAAUUAUUUCCUCCAACACUUCCUGGCGUUUUCGUCGGAUAUGGGACAGAUUCCAAUAGUUAUCGAAUUCUAGUACUACAUGAGGAUAAUCCAAUCAAGACUUUUGUGAAUGUUACAUUCCUUAAUACUAUGAAGAAUAUUGAAAAAUAUUUUCAAAGUUUAGAUGGUUUUAGACAGGUAGAACUGAUAGUGAAUGGUGAGAACUACAGAUAUCUCGGAGACGCUAGUCGCAAGGAUUUCUUUACUCCCAUCGAUCCUGAAGUUGAGAACGAGGUUGAGUCUCCCUAUGACACAGGAGACAAAGCUUCGGUAGAUGCUAAGGCCACUAUUCCAGAAACCGCUAGUAAUAGUGCGAAUGCUUCCAGAUCAUCACAUACUCCCAUUGCUAGUACGACUAGUAUGCCCACAAGUGGCAGUGUGGUGUUACCUGUUCAGGCACCGUCUGAUAUACAGACACCGUCUGAUGGAACUAUGGCAAAGCAAUCCAAUCUACCUACUACAGGACCGCUUACUGAUUUACCUGCUCUCAUGGAGAAAUAUCCUGAUCGAGUUGAGCAAAUCGUAAGGGAAAAACCAGAAUUGUUCAGUUAUCUUAGAAAAGGACUGAAACCUUCUCUGAAUCAUCUGUCAAAUGAUAAGGAAAAGGUGGUAGAUAAUCAAACUACUCAUUCUGGGGAGCAAAGUACCUUAGCGGCGAGUCAACUGCAACCAAUCAUGUCCCAUCACAAACACCUCCUGACAGUUGAACAAAAUGGAGAAUUGCAAGUUCAACCUUCCGACAAUUCAACAUUGACUUCAUCUGAACGGGAUACUACCGAGUUGCCACAUUCUGAAGUCAAUGGGGGAGCAUCCGAACUGCGAAAGGAAGCAAUUCCACCAAGUGGACGAGUGUUAGUCUCUCCUACGACUCAGGAUGGCGAAAGGACUGAAAGAGAAUCAGCUGGUGGUCCAACACUUUCAGUUGAAGUUGGAAGAAUUAAUGACGAGUACAGCUUGAAUCCUUCAAGAGAAGAAAUCGUUAAUUCUUACACUCAAGCUGGACGUGCCAGCACUCUCAAGGGGAGAAAACGUGGAUUAUCUGAUGCAUCUGAAGAAAGACCUGUCAGAAGAUCAGCCAGACUAGCUGGUAGAAUUUCUAAACCUCCUGAAUCCAUCAAUAACUUAAGAGUGGUUGAUGAGCUUAUUCCAAUUAGAAGAAACAUAUUCAGUGUUAUGUCCUUCGACGACCCUCUGGGUGAACCUGAAAAUUGUGCUUAUGGAGUCGUAUCUAAUAUAGACUACGACGAUCCAAACUGGAAGAAGGCUAUGAGAUCGGAGAUUCAGAAGUUCGUUGAGAUGGAAGUCUUUGAUGUCAUCAAACCUCCUAAAGGUGUAAGGCUUAUUCCAGCCGUUUGGGUACACACAUACAAGGAGGACGAUCCAAAACAAGAAUAUCACAAAUCACGAUGUGUUGUUCAAGGCUUUAGACAAGUAGCAGGAAUAGAAUUUGAUCCUGAACGAGUUCUGUCACCAGUUACUGAUCUAACUUCUAUAAGAAUCCUCACCGUUAUAGCCGUAGAGCUUCAAAUGGAGAUUCACCAUAUUGAUGUCAAGUCUGCCUACUUGAAUGCAGUUCUCCCAAAGAACACCCCUAUCUUUGUCCGUCCACCAAAAGGCUUCAGAAAGGAUGACAGAGGUAGAGAAGUCUGUUGGAAAUUAAAUAAGGCUGUAUAUGGUCUCAAACAAGCUGGAUUUGAGUGGUACGUUCAUAUUACUAAGACCUUCAAAGACUUAGGGUUAGAACAAUGUGGUGAACAUGAGGGCUUAUAUGUACUCAAACAGAAUAGUGAUAAAGUCUAUGUUGCUUUAUACGUAGAUGACCUAUUCGUGGUUGCUUCCAACAAUGAGAUCUUCAACGACUUCAUGAACAAGUUGUCUUCUCGAUUUAAAUUGAAUUAUAUCGGUCCAAUCCUGGAGUACUUGGGUAUUGAAUUCAGAAGAACAUCCGAAGGAUAUGUGCUUACCCAAGAGAAGUUCAUUAAUAGACUUCUCAAAGCGGUUGAAUCGCAAGUUAAGACAUCCUCUGGUAUUCCUCGUUCUCCUGAUGACAAAACCAAGGAAAAGAGAGUUAUAGUCGCUGGAAACAAAGACGAGUCCUUUUACAUCACAAAGGAUGAAGAACUCUUGGAUGUCGAGGAACAUAAUUUAUAUCGAAGACUUGUUGGUCUGUUACAAUGGAUCACACAGAAUACUUGUCCACAGAUUUCGUAUGCUGUUAAUGCUCUUGGAAGAAAGACUGCUAAUCCUAACAAAGCUGAUCUCAAACACCUUAUACAAUGCUUGAAGUACCUUCGUGGUAAUAGAGAUCUCAAGCUUGAGUAUUCUCGUUCAAGAACUAAGCUGAUUGAUGAUAACUUUGUAUUGCAUGUCUUUGUUGAUGCUUCUUUUGCUCCUGAUGGUGACAGGCAUUCCAUUUCUGGAUUUGUCGUCUAUCUCAACGGUAACCUUAUCUAUUGGGGGACCAAGAAACAAAAGAGCAUUACCCAGAGUUCUAUGGCUGCUGAACUCAUCGCCCUUGGUGAGGGUGUCGAUAGAGCUUCAUCUGUGAGAAGUAUUGUUCAUGCUGUUGGAUUCAAAGCACCUCAUAUCACCGUAUUCGAGGAUAAUCAACCUGUUGUGAAGAUCACACACAACAAGAAGAUUUCUGCUAGUCGAAGACUGGUUGACAUCUGCCUCAAAUUUAUUAGGCAAAUGAUCCUUGAAGACAAGAAAUUGUCUGUCGUUUGGGUUGAUACUAAGAACAACGUUGCAGAUUUAUUUACCAAGGCCUUAUCUUAUCCUACAUUCCGCUUGCUUACACCAAUGCUUGUCGAUGGUAACUUAUCAGUCGUUAGGAGUGUUAUUAAGAAAUGCUUGGAAGCCGAUGGUUCAUCUUUCGAUAAUCUAAACAGUGAAAGUUCUAAUCAUAGCUCAGAAUUGAACUUUAUCCUGUCCAGUAUAGAUCUCGAAGAAUUUUUCAUUGAUGAGACCAUAAACUAA